AUGAAUCAAAAAGGACAACCUUAUGAAAAUGAUACGUUACAAAUUCCUUUUUCAACAACAAAAGGUUUAGUAGCUACAGCUGUUGCAUUAUGCGUUUCAAAAGGUUUACUCAAUUAUUCAUCACUUUUAGCUGGAGAACUUGUACGAAGAAUCGAUCCGAAGAAACGAACUUUUGGACAAUAUAUUCAAGAUGAGAUUACAAAUCCAUUAAAAAUCAAAUCUUAUAUUGAUUUACCCAAAGAAAAAGAAUAUCGUAUAUCGCCAUUAUAUUUCGAUUCUAAUGUAGGAAAUAUUAUAGAUGAAAGAACUCUUUCAGAGUUAAGUGUAUUUACUGAUAAUCGUUAUCAUCAAGCAGAAAUUCCAGGUGUUAAUGGAAUAACAAAUGUUCGAUUUGUUGCAAGACUUUAUGCUUCUUUCGUUGAAGACUUAGAUAAUCGACAACAAAAACGAUUAUUGAAUGACGAUAUUAUGAAGAAAGCAACAAUAUCAAAUACACCUAAGAAUGAUAUUGAUCUUGUACGAGGUUAUCCGAAUGCAUUUGCAAUGGGAUUGUAA